CAACACCACCACCCACCUUGAGAAUGCUCAACCAUCCACCUCGCAUCCAGAUGUUCGGCCUCCUCGACAGAUACCUCGACCUCUUCAAGUGCCCACACGCUAUGGUAUCACACUCGGCGAUCGAUCCGUCUCCUCCUUGUCGUCUGCCGUCAGUCGUCGCCGUCGUCGGUCGUUGAUGGCAAGGGAGCGAGCUUCCAGAAGCGCUUGCAUCAAUCGCUUCCGCGUGUUUGGCGCCCAGUCCUGGUCUUAUCAUCAUGCUCAUAUUAGCCAUGCUUUGUUUUGCCUCGUCCUGCUUUGCUUCUCCCAUCUUUCUUCUGCUGCCUUCAACUCAACUCUAGGCCAGAAACUUCCCCAGCCGUCCCCGCAGAGGCCCACCAAGCAUGACGCCUGA